UAUUAUUAUUGGGUGCAAUUGUAUGUUAUAUGUUAUCUAUGUUUAAGCCCAAAAAUUAGUGGUUCUAUAGAUAUUAAUUUAAGAGGGCUAAUAUGUUAUCUAAUAAGGUAUAUGGCUCAAAUGUGUAGAGACUCGUGGUCUUAACCUAAUUAAUCAUGUCUUGAUUAGGGUUAAGCGUUCUCUAUAAAUAGAGGAGUUAUGACCUCUACUUAAACACGUCAUUCCGUCUUAUCGCUAAAGAAAUAAUCCCGAUGGUGUGUAUCAACUAGAAGACGCAAACCCCAGCCUCCGUCUCCCGGAUCUCUAAAGAUCAUCUCCAAUGGAGUCAGUCAACAAUUCUGCUGCUACAAUAUCUGCUAAUAUUAAUAGCAUGCCAAUGCUUAACAGCACGAAUUUUAAGGAAUGGAAAAAGAACGUUAUGAUUGUUCUCGGUUGCAUAGAUCUAGACCUUGCAAUUCGGACUGAAAAACCCACCGCUCUUAAGGAUACAUCUACCCUUGAUGAAAAAAGGGAGAUGGAGAGGUGAGAACGCUCAAAUCGCAUGAGUCUAAUAAUCAUGAAACGUGCAAUUCCAGAAUCAUUCAGGAGCACAAUGUCUGAUGAGGCUAAUGCCAAAUCGUUCCUUGCCGAACUUGAAAAGUGUUUUGCGAAAAACGAAAAGGCGAAAACUAGUACUCUUUUGAGCACUCUUGUUUCCAUGAAGUAUAAAGGCAAAGGGAACAUAAGAGAGUACAUUUUGGAAAUGUCUCACAUUGCUUCAAAACUAAGUGCACUAAAGCUUAUUUUACCUAAGGAAUUGCUUGUGUAUUUAGUUUUGAUCUCUCUUCCUUCUCAAUUUAAUCAAUUUAAAGUGAGUUACAACUGCAUUAAGGAGAAAUAGUCUCUCAAUGAGCUCAUUUCUCAUUGUGUUUGACGUGCACUUUAUCGUGGUGUGCACUCAAAAUAAAUAAAUACAAUACAACACUUAUACGUAGUAUAGUGUAGUAAGGUUCAUAUCCACAUGGAAAGGAAUACUUUUCUUUUACGUAACUAAUAACAAGGGGGUUUUUGAUUGAUUGAUGAACUUUAAAUGUAUUUAAACACUAAGAUGAACGACUUAUGUGUUUUACUUAAUUGAGAUGAAGACUUGGCUUUGCUUAUAUCCACUUAAUGAAAUGUUCGUCGAUCCCGAUUAUAUCUUUAACUAUUUUCCUCUCGAAUACUCAAUCGAGGAGUAUAUCCAAUUAAUAACGAGACGCGUUCAUUAAUAAAACUUACUACCGAAUCAAUAUAGAACAUGCGCCGUAUAUUAACCCGAUAAUAGCAAUAAACUUAAGAUGAAAACGAUUGAGAUUGAUAACCUCAAAACAAACGGUUUAUUUGGUUUAAUCAAUAUAAUUAAUUCCCCUUAGAUUAUUAACCAUGAGACACAUGCAUUAAUAAUCCAAGUUUACUACCGUGAAAGGACCGAACGAUUAACAAGCGUAUUCAUCAAUUCUAGUAAUAAUUAAUAUAUGAAACAAAACUAGUUGAUCCUUUAAGUAAUGCUCAAAAUAUUAAUAUGAAAUUUGAAUAGGAAUUAAUUAAUAUUCAAGGAAGACUAUUAAAUAAAAUAAAUGCUACUAUAACUAAUGUCGAGAUGUUAUCUAAUUGUCAUCUUAGCAACACUCCAUGACAUUUAUAUAGAGAUAGAUUAAUUAAUAUUCAAGGAAGAAGAUUAAAGAAAAUAACUCACAACUUACAAUUCAUUAAGCUUCAACGUAGCAAAUCCAAGAUGGAAGAGUUUAGCUCCUCAUUUGGAGACUAAACAUACUAGAAAAUAUAAAGAAAACACUUAACUAAACUGAGCUUAGAGUAUAUGUGAAUUGGUGAUCAAAUGGGAAGGAAAAGGGGUGUAUUUAUAGGUGUUUGGAGGUGACUGGGUCAUUUACCUGACCGGGUUUUUCAGAAACCCGAUCGGGUUUCCUGAGUAAUUGCCCGGAAUCUUCAUUAGUCACAUCUACCCGAUUGGGUUUUUGAUUUACCUGAUCGGGUAAAAGACAAAUCUUCGCCUUGCACGUUUAAUUGCCUCCGAAUCAUAUUUGAUCUUCGGAUCAAGUCAAACCUGAUCGGGUUUUUGUUUUACCCGACCGGGUUAUUUAAUUUUUUCCCCAAAUUUUCACUUUUUCUUGUUCCCUUGCACUUUCCUUGACCUUUCCAAGAUCCUUUUGAUGAUCUUUACCUAGUAUAAGCUCAGAAAAAUCCCUAAUCUAAACAAAUUACAAACAAAUACGAAAAAUAAAGUAUUUCACCUAAAGUGUGUAAUUUCCCAAGCAACAACAAAUAAAACUAGUAAAAAUUAUACACAUAAACAAACAUAAUUCUAUACUAUCGGUGUUCAAGAGGAAGAGAGAAUAAAGCAAGAUAAAACUGAAUGUGCUCAUUUGGCAUCUACCUCUAAGGGUAGCAAGAAAAGGAAAAUUACUGAAGCUGUAAAUUCAGGACCUCAAAGAAAGCAUCAUAAAGAAACUAAAGAAGAAACUAAGGAAUCUGGAUGCUUCUUUUGCAAAGGGACUAAUCACAAAAAAAAGAACUGCACUAAGUACCACGCCUGGCGUGUGAUAAAAGGGUUGCCUGAGCUGCCGAAAACCAAUUGAUGGUGAAAGAUACAUCUAUGUCGGUGAUGGCAAGCGGGUUCAAGUUGAGGCUAUCGGUGUUUUUAGAUUAUUAUUAAAGGCUGGUUUUUAUUUGGAUUUGAAAAAGACAUUUGUUGUGCCAUCAUUUAGGCGGAAUUUAAUUUCUAUUUCUGCAUUGGACAAAUUUGGUUAUUCUUGUUCAUUUGGAAAUAGUCAAUUUAGUCUAUUUCAAGAUUCAAAACUUAUUGGCCGGUACUGGUCUUUUAUCAAUUUAU